AUGAUUUUUCCAGCGUAUUCACGUCUCCAGUUCAAAAGCUCUUUGGGCAAGAGAUGCAGACCAGCCACCCAGCAAGCGGCUGCCUUCCCUGGGCACAACCCUGCUCUCUGGAGGGAGGGCCGGUUGCUCCCCUCUGCCUGGCACCUGCUCUCCGGGCCUCAGGCUCUGUCGCCUCUCCCGCUUCCCAGAACUGCCCGGAACAGAAAGCCGGGGGGGGGGGCGCUUGACGGCCAAUGGCAAAUCUUUCGAGCGGGGGGGGGGGAAUCACGCCGGGGAGGGCAGGGGAGCCGCGACCCAGAGCCGUGCGGGGAACUCUGCCCGAGCCCACCGGCCCCCAGUUCCCCGGGCCGGAGCAAGGGGGGGCAGAGCCCGGGACGCGCCGCCCAGCGCCAGAGCCAAGCCCGACUGCCAGCAGAGGCCCGGCCAGGCCAAGCGCCCCGCCGUCGAGGGGCAGCGGGGAGACUCGGGCCUCGGAGGGAAAGCACCGGCCAGGAGGGCUCCGGAGCCGGCCCUGCUCGCCCGUCCUUUAAUGAGACUGGCGGCCGCACGGGACCGGACGGGACGGGGCAGGCCCGUCGGGCUGGUCGCUCUCGGCUUGGCCGCUUCCAGCUCGGCACGGCGCGGAGGGGCCGCACAGCCCGAGUUCGGCUUCCGUGGGCCGGGCCGGGCCAGGGCGCGCGGCGACCCCUUCCGAGAAUCGGCUGCCGCGCGCGCGCGCGCGCGCGCUCCACGCCGGGCUUCGGCGCCGCAGUGCUUGCGGCAGCAGCGACGCCGCCGGGGAGACCGGAUCCGUCACCGCCGCCCUGGAGCUCGCCAGGCCAAGGCGGCCUCCGCCGGGCCGCCUUCCGGCUUCUGGCCGGCCGUCGACGCCCCACGAAGGGGGCGGGACGGGACGGGGCAAGCUCGGCGGCGCCUCCUGGCUCCGGUUGCCGCCGUGAGGCCCGCGAAGGAUGCCGAGGCCCCCACCGCCCUGGCCUGGGCUGCGCGGGGCGGAUGGCGCCGCCGCUGCUGCUGCUGCUGCUGCUGCACCUCCAGGUGCUGCUGUGGCCAGGCGCGGCGGAGCCGGGAGGCGGGCGGUUGCUGUGGCCCAGCAGCGCGCCCGGGCCCGAGAGCCGCGCCGUGUCGUGCCUGACCGCCGCGCCCAGCCUGGCCUGGUACCUGGACGGCGAGCGGCAGGAGACCCACGACGGGGACGGCGCCACCGCCUCCCGGGACCGCCGCCUCAACUGCUCGGCCGUCGACCCGACCACCGGCCAAGCCUCCGGCGCCUCGGUCCUGCUCCGCGUGCACUUUAAAGCCGAGGCCGUGCAGUUGGAGGCCCGCGCCGAAGACGGGACGGGGCCCGGCCUCGUGCUUGUGCUGCUGGUCUCGGUGCAGGCGCGGCCCCCGGCCGACAUCACCUGGGUGGACCAGGACGGGCGCCUGCUGGUCAACGCCUCCCACUUCCUCAUCGUGGACGCCCAGACCUACCCCUGGCUCGGCAACGCCUCCGUGGAAGUGCAGCUCCGGAGCCUGGGCCGCAACCUCUCCCGCGGCGCCUCCACGCUGCUGCCCGGUUUCUUGGGCAGCCGCAUUGAGCUUCCUCUCCUGGCCCUGGUUGUAGGUGCUGCUGUGACCCUGGGGAUUCUCAUAGGCCUUGGCAUGCUUCUCAGUUGUCUGGUAUACCAGAAAGGAAAGAAGGCAGCAGGACUCGCUGUGCCAGCCCAGUUGCCUCCAAGUGACUCAAACCACCUGAAGCUCCAAAGGGCCCAGAUGCCACGGGCGAACAUGUCCCUCCCCUCUAACCUCAAGCUCAACGACCGCCCAGAGGAGCCUCAGGGUACAGCCAUGGCUGAGGAAGAGGAGGAGGCCCUUUCAGAGCCUGAGAAUAGCUUGGUCUUGGAAGACAGAGGUCUCAGCCAGUUCCCCAUGGUUGGGUACAUCUACAGAGCCUCAAGCGUCAGCAGCGAGGAGAUCUGGCUGUGAGGCAAGGGCCAGCAGCGCCCCAGCCACGCAAAGGACCUGCACUUGCUCUCCGAGGAAGUCUCCUCUGUGCCUGGCGUCAAAGAGGAAAAGAAGAAACGCCAGCUCCAAGGCUGGUCACCCAGAGAUACCCCUCAGAGCAAUAAGCUUGCCCCCACCCACCAGCUGCAGUGCACUUCCGAGGCCAAAGAACUGGCAGCUCUCUUGUUCUUUACCUUGGGCCUACUAGCACCCUCUCCCCCCCCCCGCCCCCCGCCUUCAGCAUGGUAGCUGCCUUUCUGUUUCUUUGGCUCAUGGACCGCAGUUUCUCGAAGUCCUGCUCUGCCUAGACUCAAGCAGCAUGUAUUUGUGGCUGGAAAGGAGGCAAGCCCCAACACUUAGGACCUAGGCUGUUACUUCAGUAAAGGCAUGAAAUAAGGCUUUGUAGCUUCUGCAGUAUACAAAUAAAAUACGUAAUCCAA